GUUACAAAAAGAGGAAAUACUUCUUCCAAGACUUGUGGUAGCUGCGGCCAGUUCUCCCGGAGAAAUUAUUUACCACAAAGCUUCCGAGCACAGAGACCAGAAGCCUUUGCCCGCCCGCCUCCCUGCAGCUGCACCGCAUGGGCACCUUCUGAGAGAGCCAUACAGAUUGUACAAAUCGGGACACAAACUUCUGGGUGGAGCAUUAAACCAACUGUUAUAUUUCUUCAUCCUGCAUUUAGCAAGGUCAUGGAAGAUCUAGAGGAAAUAUUAUUUGAAGAAUUUGAGAACUAUUCCUAUGCGCUGGAAUAUUACUCCCUGGAGACUGAUUUGGAGGAGAAAGCACACCUGGGAGCUGUUCACUGGGUCUCUCUGGUGCUAUACUGUUUAGCAUUUGUUCUGGGCAUUCCAGGAAAUGCCAUUGUUAUUUGGUUCACGGGAUUCAAGUGGAAGAAGACAGUCACCACUCUCUGGUUCCUCAAUCUAGCCAUCGCAGAUUUCAUUUUCCUUCUCUUCCUUCCCCUGUACAUCUCCUACGUGGCCAUGAAUUUCCACUGGCCCUUUGGCAUCUGGUUGUGCAAAGCCAAUUCCUUCAUUGCCCAGUUGAACAUGUUUGCCAGUGUUUUCUUCCUGACGGUGAUAAGCCUGGACCGCUAUAUCUACCUGAUCCAUCCCGUCUUAUCUCAUCGAUACCGGACCCUAAGGAACUCUCUGAUGGUUAUUAUAGUUGUUUGGCUUUUGGCUUCACUAAUGGGUGGUCCAGCCCUGUUCUUCCGGGAAACCGUGGAGUUCAAUAACCACACUCUUUGCUAUAACAACUUCCAUGAGCAUGAUCCUGACCUCACGUUGAUGAGGCAUCAUGUUCUGACCUGGGUGAAAGUUAUUGUUGGGUACCUCUUCCCUCUGCUAACAAUGAGCAUUUGCUACUUGUGCCUCAUCUUCAAGGUGAAGAAGCGAAGUGUCCUGAUCUCCAGUAAGCACUUUUGGACCAUCCUGGCUGUGGUCAUUGCCUUUUUGAUUUGCUGGACUCCUUUUCACCUGUUUAGCAUUUGGGAGCUCAUGAUUCACCACAAUAGCUAUUUCCACCAGGUGCUGCAGGCUGGAAUCCCCGUCUCCACUGGCUUGGCAUUUCUCAAUAGUUGCCUGAACCCCAUCCUUUAUGUCCUAAUUAGUAAGAAGUUUCAAGCACGUUUUCGGGCCUCAAUUGCUGAGAUACUAAAAUAUACACUGUGGGAAGUGAGCUGUUCUGGCACAGUGAGUGAACAGCUCAGGAACUCUGAAACCAAGAAUCUGUGUCUCCUGGAAACAGCCCAAUGAAUUCUUACUCUUCCAUGAAUCAGUAUACAGCUUUUGUGUGGGUCUCCUGACAUGCUUUCAGAUUAUUUGGUUCCAAGACAUAGAGCUGACUGUAUGUUCUUUAUUGUUUUGGGUCUUUUCUUUGAUAGGUAAGAAGUGGAUUUAUUUAGAGAGAGAAACACACUCCACAUACAGAGCAUGGGCAUCUCAGAUGGUGAGAAAGGCCGGUCAUUUUAUUGGCAUCAUUUUUUUCUAUUGAUAUAAACAUAAGAAGGAUCUUCAUUUUUUUCCAGCAACUUAAAUCUUAAAUUAUCUGUGAUCCUUGCUAGUUAUACUGUAAUUAGCAAGUGGAUUAAUUAAUGGAUUAAUCAACACUAUUUUCUCAAUUUUAAUGACUUUAAAAGUUCUAAAUCUUAAUAUUAAAUAUGACUAAUUUCAAAAAUAUAAAAAUAUGUGUGCUUAAGCGCACUUUAAUUUUGCACAAGUAACCUAUUAGACCUAGCUUUAAAAUGCAACAUAUGUGCUUAAUUUCUUUAUUUCGUGUAAUCUGUAUUUGUGCAUUUAUGAAUUAAAAUAAUAGUUGAUUAUAGUAGGUUAAAAUUGUUCCAGUUAACUAUGAAUGCUUGGUAAACUGCCCCGAAAUCUAGUUGCUUAAAAUAACAAUUUAUUAUUAUUGUUAUUAUUAUUACCUCACGAUUCUGAGGAUCAGCAAUUUAAACAAGGCUCAGAAGGGAGUUUCGCCUCUCUCCUCACAUCUGGAGCCUCAGCUGGACUGGGAUGACCCAACUGGCUGAGAUUUAGCUGGGGACUGGCUGAGCAGCUCUCUUCCCUCCUCCCCCUCCCCUCCCUUUCCUUCUUCCCCUCCCCUCCUCUCUUCUCCUUUUUCUUUACAUGGUUAUUCCAGAAUGGCACCUCAGAGUACCAGACUUAUAUGGCAAUGUAGGACUCUAAGAGACCAAGGUGGAAAUUUCUACUCCUCUUAAAGGCUAUGCCAGACACUGGCACAGUAUCACUUCCACUGUCCUCUAUUGACCAAAGCAGUCCCUGGCCAGCUCAGAUUCAAAGGGAGGGGACAUAGACCCCACCUCUCAGUGGGGAUAUAUGCCCAUCUCUACUCCCCCAUGAUAUCAUUAUAAACAUAAAUGUUUUUGGAAAAUUCUGAGUAUGUAUGUAUGCAAGUAAGUAUAAGAUUGCUAUAAACAUGAAACACUGACAUCCAGAUAGUAGAUACGCCAGCUCAAUAUCAGGAUGAUUUCAGAAAAAUAAAACAUGUAUGAUAUAUUGAUAUAUUUCUACCUUCUAUUUCUAUAUUUAUAACACCAACAAGGUAUACCUUUAAGUCAGUGACCUCUUCAUGGUGCACAUCUGUUGCAUUUAAGACUAAUAGUAUUUUGACUGUGAUAGUAUUUGUCCCUUUAGCAAAUAGAUGAGUAAGUGUUAUGCAGAACCAUGGUAGAUGGAUAUUGUGAGUGAUGCCAAGAUGCAUAAGGUAGUUAUAGGGGGUGAGAUUAAACUUGCCUAAAAACAAUCCUAAAACAAGGCAGAGAGUAGUAAGUGCCAUAAGAGAGCCAAGAAUAGACUGUUCAGAGAGGAAAGAGAUGGCCUCCAGUGUGCAGGUGAAGAAACAUUGGAAAUCUAUGUCCUUGCCAUUGGGGUUUCCUAAAGAUCCUGCCCCUUUUCCAUGUCUCUGCUGGUACCCUUGUCUUUUAUGAAUAGAAAGCCUGCUACUUACUGCAAUUUUUAAAACAUUUAAUUUUCUAUAUAAUUUCCCAGUUUUAUUUUGAAAGUCGUGAGGGGAGCUAUGUCAUUUCUUGAAUCAGUAUCCUUUUUUAUUUCAUCUUAGCUUUUAGAAAUGCUAAUAUCAGAUCAUUUAUCGGCUCUGUUCUUUACUGUUAGCCCCAUGCAACAAUCAGACCUGGUUUGGAAAUUUUUCCAAGAAAAAAAAAUGUGUGGCAUAGCUCAGCAUAUCCCAAAUUUCUGUUGUUCCCAAGCUUCCUGGCUUUUUCCAUACCCAGCAGGGGUUAAGGGAAGAGAGGGAGAGAAAGGCUCAUUGUGGUUUCCAGCCCUUGUGCACCCUUGAACCCUACCCCUGCACCACCAGGGCUUGUGAUAUUCCACUCUGGGGUCCCCCAUGACCCUCAAGGGAUAGGCUCCCAGGACCAGGAGAAAAGCUGGAGGAUCCAAGAAAGAAAAGAGAAUUCUGUAGGUUCAUCCCUCGUCUGGGCAAAGAGAGAGACUGACUCUCAAGGCUGGGGAGGGAAAGAGGAAGGCUGAGGAGCAGGAAGGAAGGGGAUUGAGCAGGAAGGAAGGGGAUUAAGCAACCAGGGGCAAAACUACAUUGCAGAGCAGGUGGUGGUCUGGAAGUUACAUUUCAGGGCCCUGCUUCCUAAGCGUUGUGAGUUAGGAACCCGUGCAGAGCUAUUUCUCCCCCACUUUGGGCUAUGGGCACAGCAACUAGGACCUGCGUGCUUUCCAAGGGCUUAUGAAAAUAUUUGAGAUCCUGAAAAAUGUCAUUGGCUCUAGAACAGAAAAAGGAAACUUUGAGGGUAUUCCCUGGCGGUCCACUGGUUAGGACUCCGUGCUUUCCCUGCUGGGGGCCUGGGUUCCAUCCCUGGUCGGGGGACUAAGAUCCUGCAAGUCGUGUAGUGCGGCCAAUAAAUAAAUAAAAACUUGAAAAGUCAGAAUUAAUAAAUACUCUGAAUUUAUUUGAAAAUCUAAUGAAAGUUAUGGGUUUUUUCCCCAGAAAAAUGCUUUUAAAUAAAAUUUCAGGGAGUCCUUGUACCCCAGGCUAAAAACUCCAGUUUUAGUGGCUUUUUAAAAAGCUGAUAGUGGAGAUGUAACUUACAGGAAUCUACUAGUAGAAAGUAGCUACCAGUGCAGGAACUUUUCAGCAGAAACAGGAGUUAAUUUUUUAUUCUCAGCUUGAGGGAAGAUCCAAAGUAUAGCAUAGGACCCAAGCUUGGAUUUAGGAUUGGAGACUCCAAGCCUCCUCUCCUGGCAGCUGGAAUCUGGAUAGUGCGGCUCUCCAGGGGUCUAAUGGCCCCUAAUGAGCAGGAUGAAUGACUGAAAGGACAGAGGGGCUGGAGGAGAGGACUGCACUGCAGGGAAGCUCAAUGCCUAGUUGGCAAGAGAACAAAGAAUCCCAGGGACUAGGGCAUAAACUAAAGAAGACAGACCUGUCCCCUUCUCAAUGGAAGGAAGUUCUUCGAAACAGAAGACAAGUUUAAGGGCCUCCAAAGGCAGGAUAUUUGGCUUUGAAUUAUGGCUCCAAUAUAUUCUAGCUCUAUGACCCUUGGCUAAAUUAAUCCAAAUUUCUAGACCUCAGUUUCCCCCAUUUGCAAAACGAAAUCACAAUAUAGUAGUACCUGCUACAUAGGGUUAUUGUGAAAAUUAAAUGAACUGACACAGGUAAAACACUUAAAGUGGUGCUUAGCCCUAUAAAUACCUACUAUUAAUAUAAUAUUACCUAGUAUUAUACUUAUUCAGUGAAAUUUUUGGCACCUUCUGACACAGUAAUUACUUAGUAAAUGUCAGAUCCCUUCCUCCUCUUGAAUGAACGUAAAGUUCUCAUAGGAAGAAUAAGGGAACUUACACAAAGAACUCCAAAACUUAAAAAUUUUAUUUAAAAAUUUCUUAAGUUCGGGCUUCCUAGGUGGCUCAGUGGUUAAGAAUCCGCCUGCCAAUGCAGGGGACACGGGUUCGAGCCCUGGUCCAGGAAGAUCCCACAUGCCGCAAAGCAGCUAAGCCCAUGUGCCAUAGAAAUAAAUAAAUAAAUAAAUAAAAACAAAAAAAAAGAAAAAAAAAAAAGAAAAAAAAAAAUUUCUUAAGUUUAUUGGGAAUUCCCUGGAGGUCCAUUGGGUGAGAUUCCACACUCUUACUGCCUAGGGCCCAGGUUCAAUCCCUGGUUGGGGAAUUAAGAUCCCAUAAACCACGAGGUAUGGCCAAAUAAAUAGAAUGUUUUUUAAAAACAGAAAAAAAUUUUUAAAGUUUAUAAAUACUAUAAAAGGAUAUUAUGGGCUGAGAGGCUGCAAGGUGCAGGAAAAAGAAUGAAAGACCUCUGGAAAGAGGUAAUUUAAGUGCAUCUUGAAAACGACUAUAAUUUUAACAAGUGCAGGUGAAAAAACAGGCUUAUUUCAGGUAGGUAACACAGCAAGAGUAAAUGUUCAGAGGCUGGAAAAUAGGCUGUGUUCAGAAAAGAGACCAGUCCCAUUUUACAAGGACAAAAUGAGGACAGAAGAUUCCCAGGUUAGAAUCAGACUUGAAUAGUAAUUCAUAGUUCUUCAAUAUUCUCACAUAUGAGCAGUAGUUCUUUGGGGGAUGCGUACUUAGAAGUCUAGGGACAGUUUCCUUUGAUUUUUACACCACUAAAAGCUAUUCAGGCCAAUGACAUUCCAAAUGACAGACUUCCAUUUGGGAUAUUUUCUAAAUGCAACUAUUAUCAUCUAUACAGGGCAUGUAUUGACAGAAUAUCUGUCUGUCUGUCUCAAUUUUCAUUUUAAGUUUACCCUUGUGUGAUAUCUUACUUUUCCUAACUGAGGGUAUGAAGCAAGGGUUAGAUGAAACAGGAUCAAAUUGUCUGAAAGCAGGGAUGAAGAACUUUCCCCAUGCUAUUGCCAAUACAUUAUCUGGCCCAUGAAGACCUGGAUUUAAGUUCCUCUGCUCUCACUUACCAGGUGAAUAACUGGGGAGUCAUCUUUCAGAGUUGUUUCCUCAUCUUUAAGUGCUGAGAACAGUGCUUGCCUUUAUCUCACAGGCUUAUAGUGGGAAUCACAUUAGACAAUGUAUGUGAGACAUGCCUUUUUUUUUUUUACUUUUUUAUUCUAAGGACAGUAACUGCCAUUACCAAAUGUAUUUGUUUGGAAAAAAAUUAUACAUACAUACCAAAACACUAAUGCAACUCUUUUUGUAUCUGUCUUUGUUCUUAAGCCUAUCUUUUCAUAGUUAUUUAUAGUCAAUGAAAAAUCAAGCAUUUUUCAAUGUUGCUAGUCUCCAUUACUUUCUAAAGUAAAUAUAUUAAAUUUAUUAAAUGUUUCACAUGUGCCAUAAUUUUAGCCCUGUUUGUUAAAACAGUCCUCCUAUUUCCCUGCUUCUAUCCACAUCAUCUCCAGAUCAGCACUCUGACCUUUUUUUUUUCUUUACUGAAAUAUAGUUGACAUACAGUAUUAUAUUAGUUUCAGGUGUACAACAUAGAGGUUUGACAUUUAUGUACAUUAACACUGAUCACCACAGUACAUCUGGUAACCAUCUGACACCGUGCAAAGUUGUUACUACAAUUGCAUUGACUGUAUUCCCUGUGCUGUACAUUCCAUCCCCAUGACUUAAUUUAUGCCUGGAAGUCUGCCCAUCUUAAUUCCUUUCAUCUACUUUAUCAUCCCCACCCCUCCCACCCACUCCCACCUCCACUUCUGCUCUGCCUUUGUUCUUCUCUGGCAACAAGGCUCCCCACUGCCCACAAAGAACCAGCCAGCCUGUAAUUCAGAUGCCUCUACAACCUGACCCUAUCUAAUCCCAAACUGACACUGCAGAAUCCUGCCAAACUGGUCUAAAUGCCUCCCGAAUCUCUUCUCAUUCUUGCCUUUAUCAUUCUGCCUUUCAUACCGUCCUGGAACUUUUUUAUUUUUUUAAACGAAUUACUGAUUAAGGUCCAUCCAGCUCAAGUCCUAACUCCUCUAAAAAACUUUUAUUCAAUUCUAGCCUUCCUUGACCCUCUGGACUUUCGGAUUACCGUCAGUCCUCCUUCUCUGCAGGUGUUACACCCACAGAUUCAACCAACCACAGAUCAAAAAUACCUGAAAAAAGAAAAAAAUUCCAGAAAGUUGCAAAAAGCAAAAGUUGAAUUUAUCACAUGCUGGCAACUUAUUUACAUAGCAUUUACGUUGUAUUAGGUAUUAUAAGUAGUCUAGGAGGAUGUUAGUAGGUUAUAUGCAAAUACUAUGCCAUUUUAUAUAAGGAACUUCAGCAUCUGAGGAUUGUGGUGUGGUACCCGAGGGUUGGGGGUGGUUCCUGGAACCAAUCCCCCCUUGGAUACUGAGGGAUGACUACUUGUUUAAACACAAAAUGACUUUUAUUCUUAACAAUUUUAAUUAUGUUUUAACCACCUCCCUAUGGUUAUUUUCUUAAUCCUUUUGUAUUUUUAUAGCAUCUAACAUAGUGACACUGAAUAUAUCAGUUUUGAAUUCCCCCACUGUGCCCAGUCCUGUACUAGAGAUGGCUGAAUAUGAAAAAGAAACAAGGUUUCAGGGUCGUAUAACACUUACAGAGCAUGAAAAAAAAGGUGGGUUCUUAUUCCAAAGCUAGAAACAGAAAAAAAAAAUCUUUCUCUAUGUAUACCUAUGCCUUCUGAACCCAUUGGUUCAAAAAACAGUUCAUUCAGUAUACUGGCUCACAUGAAUAUGUGAACAUUGCUCCUAAUAGCAAAAAAUUGAAAGCAAACUAAAGAUCCAAUAACUAGACUAGUUAAAUACGAGACAAUAGAUUAUGUAACCGUUAAAAAAUGAGAAAGUCUUUUAUGUACCAAUACAGAAUAUCCAAGAUAUAAUCUCCAAGAUAUCCAAGUCUGUUUCUAUGGACAAAACUUAAGAUGCAGAAGUUUGUGUCAUAUGCUAGUUAGUCUAUAUGUAAUGCUUAGACUAGCUCUGGAAAGACCUAAGACACUGGUGACAUUGGUUGCUUUUAUGGAAGUGAAUGGGAGACCUGGGAGACAGGGGAGUCUUCACUAUAUAACCUUUAGAAUUUCUAAUGAUGUUAAUAUAUUAUCCUUUAAAAUGACAUUAAAAGAUACCAUUAAAUACAUUUUUUUAUUCAAGGCCAUGGAGUCAAGAUCUUAAAGUCACACGCUUCAUCAUUCAUUAUUUUAAAAUUUGCAAGACAGGUGUAGUUUGAAUUGACUAAAUUUUUUAACUCUUACUUUCAACCACAUUUUUAAUCAUUAGGUUUUCUUUAUCACCAAUAAUUUUUAAUACUAAUUUUAAUAUUUUGGUACCAAAUUAAGCUAUCUGAUACUCAUGUCAGUGAUUGUGAAUUAUUUUUGGCUACUGACUAGCCACUACACCUCUACUUUUCCAUAGCACUUCCAGAACCCCCCAGGCUCUCCUCUUCUCCAGAAAAUAAAGUGCUGCCCUCUGCUGGC